AUGUUACUUGGUGAGAAGGCGCCUCCGAUUUAUCGAGUUGUUACAAUCGGUGAUGCGUCAGUAGGUAAGACAUCCAUAAUCAACAAACUGGUGCACAACGAGUUCAAUAAAAAUGAGCAAACGACAGUUGGAGCUAUGUUUGUAAUGCAUUUGUCGCAGGUUGGCGGUGAUCACGUAGAGAUGCAAAUAUGGGAUACAGCAGGACAAGAAAAAUUCAGAGCUUUAGGUCCAAUUUAUUACAGAAAUGCAAAUGUCGGAAUCAUUGUUAUAGACAUUACAUCAAUAAGAUCAUUUGAGCACGUUGAGGAAUGGAUAAUUAACUUCAGACGCAUAGCCGGAAAUGACGCUCUAUUAAUUGUUGCGGCAAAUAAAGCAGAUAUGGCUUCAGAAAGACAAGUUAGUGAUGAUAUGCUUAACCAAUGGUCAGAAAAAACUGGAAUGAAGUGGUUCCUUACUUCAGCUCUUGAUGGAACUGGUAUUCAUGAGAUGUUUAACUACAUUGCAGAUCAUCUACUUAGGAAUUCGCCGCAUGGAGUUCCUAUUUCAACUCCUGCUGCAAGGCCAAAUCCUUCAAGCAACAAAAAUUCUGAAAAUUCCGGUUGUGCUUGCUGA